AUGAAUGGACUAACGGAGGAGGGAGGAGCGAAGUUCACGUGCCCGACCUGGGGCGGACUUUUCCCCCGCCGGGGCGAUUUGGUUCGGCACCAGCAGGUAUAUGGGAAAAAGCGUACACAUGCGACGGGUGUGACAAGACCUUUUACUGGUUAUGAGAUUGGCGAGUGCAUCGACGUGCUGAACACGGAAAGGUUGUUAUGGGGUGCUAUCAUCUUUGUACAGAUAGGUGUGCUGUUUUAUGUUAUGGUGAAACAGCUCCGGCAUGUCUACGACAGUCCCGUGCUGACCAAAGUUAUCACCCGAUAUGUUGACCAGUUACAUUUCCCAGCAAUAACGAUCUGUGUCGAUCCCACUAUCGCUGAAAACCAUUCUCUGACUCCAUUCGAAACGGAAGUUUUACGUAACCUUAUGAACAAAACGUUCUUCUUGUCAAUGCCACCAGAGCAGUACAAAAGCAUAAACCUUGUGUCUAUUUACAAAAAACUGAGGGAGCCAAACUUCGACCUUGUGGAAUAUUGUCAUUUUGCCAGGACAGAUUGUUUGAAAUUUGUUCGGAAAUCGUGGGGAAGACAAACCCUUUGUUACAGCUUUAACAGCGUCUUGGGAGGUGGUGUCUCGCCCGCAAAUGAGAAUGAAACUCAAAGGUUGAUUUCCACGGUUCCUGGCGCUGCAUUCGGACUAACCAUAGGGUUGAAAUUGAGCGGCGAUUUGGGAGCCAAGCUUAUUAUACACGAGCCGGACGAGAAGAUCACCCUGACGAACUCCGAGUUCUUACAACUAGCGCCGGAUAACACGUAUUAUAUCGGACUUAAAGUCCGCCAGAACAAGUUUUUGCCAUUGCCGUUCAAGGCGUUCGGAACUAACCACUGCGUGGAGACUGAUAAUGACUUCCGUCACCCUCUGGUCAAGCAAGGGCGCUAUACGCUCAGAGCUUGUCACGACGCCUGCUCAUACGCUAGAAUUGAAGACUUCUGUGGCUGUUCAUUCGGGGCGGAUGGUAAAGUCGAAAAGUCCAGAUCUUGUGAUUGUCCAUUUCCAUGUGAAGAUAUUGAAUACAGCACUACGCUAUCCGGGUCUCCUAUGGGAGGCGUUAUCCACCAUGACGGUACAAGGAGAAUCGCAAUAAACGCCCACUUUGACAGACUGAGGAUAGAGACAACCCAGCAGGUGGAGGAUUACACAAACGAGGAUAUCUUCGGUGAGUAUCCUCCAUAUGUAAGAAGUGACCUUUAA